GAUUCAGCCGAUCCCCACGGCAAAUGAUUUCUUGGACAUAAUACUUUCAAAGACCCAGCGGAAAACUCCAACGGUAAUUCAUAAAAACUACAAGAUUGGACGAAUAAGACAAUUUUAUAUGCGCAAGGUUAAAUUUACGCAAGAUAGUUUUGAGGAAAAAUUGAAAACCAUGCUCGACGAAUUUCCUAAACUCGAUGAUAUCCAUCCAUUCUACUCUGAUCUGAUGAACGUGUUAUACGACAAAGAUCACUACAAGUUAGCCUUGGGUCAGAUAAAUACCGCGCGUCAUUUGAUAGAGCAGGCUUCCAAAGAGUAUGUUCGCUUAUUAAAAUUUGGGGAUUCGCUGUAUCGAUGCAAGUUGUUGAAGAGAGCUGCACUUGGAAGGAUGGCCACCAUAUUGAAACGUCAGAAGGACAGCCUGUUGUAUUUGGAACAGGUUCGACAACACUUGGCCCGUUUGCCUUCCAUAGAUCCGAAUACUCGCACUUUAUUGGUCUGCGGUUAUCCCAAUGUUGGAAAAUCGAGCUUCAUGAACAAGGUCACGAGAGCUGACGUCGAUGUACAGCCCUAUGCUUUUACAACGAAAUCGUUAUUCGUUGGGCACAUGGAUUAUAAAUACCUGAGAUGGCAGGUAAUUGACACUCCUGGUCUAUUGGAUCAUCCGCUUGAAGAAAUGAAUACCAUCGAGAUGCAAUCCGUUACAGCUUUGGCCCACCUUCGCGCUUGCAUUAUGUUUUUCAUGGACCUUUCAGAGCAAUGUGGAUACAGCGUUGCCGAUCAGAUAAAACUUUACCACAACAUCAAACCCCUUUUUGUCAACAAGCCGACGUUCAUCGUUAUCAACAAAAUUGACAUAAUGCGACCGGAAAAUCUGCCCGAGGAGGAUCAAGCCAUGAUAAAGGAAAUCGUCGAGAAAGAUGGUGUUCAGAUAGUUCAGCUGAGUUGUCUCACCGACGAAGCUCGAGUUGACUUCAAACUUCGGGGUUCCAAAAUAAACGAGGUUAUAAAUAAAAUUCACCUUGCCGAACCCGUAGCACGUGAUGAUAUACCUCGUCCGCCUGUUAUUCCGGAAGCA